AUGGCUUACUACGGAGAUGAAUUUAGAUGUCUAACAGCGAAAAUUCCGUUAGAGAAGGACUUGAUUUCCUGCGUUGCAGAGAUCAGUGAAAAAUUUGAGACUACAGAUAUGACGUGGCCCAACAGGGGCAUCGAACUCUGCAGAUUAAUAAUCAGUGAGUGCAAAGGAAGAAUUAUUCCGACCAUUUCCUACAAAGAGAAACCAGUGAAACCACGCAGACGACCUCGUCUGUUGUCAGCUCAGAGUAUAUUGAACAGAAAUGAAUGGUCGAAUUCGAACGAAGAGAACGAUCAGGAACCCGAAAAUAAAGGCGAACUGAUUCUUACGAUGAAAAGAGAAGACUACGACAAGGAUACGAUGUUUGUCGUUUCAUCUGUUUUCGGUCUGAAGAUCAAAAAAUCUGGAAUGACAGAUAGCGCUACUCUCAGACAAGGCAUUUGUCUAUGGAUACAAUUCCACCUGGUUCCGAAGUUUAUCAAACUCCACGACAACCUUUUUUUCCUCAACUACGUUCAUUUCCAUCGUUACUCUUAUCACUACGUUCCUGAAAAACAGCGACCGGUCGCUUGUACUCAAGUUAAUCUUUUCAAUGGGACGCUUGAUAUAAAGAUGAGAGUAUCAUUCAUCCGGUUGCAAUCGAUUUUUACUGAGUAUAUUCUUCCGACAAGAAAGAAGCGAAAAAAGCUAAAAGACCAAAAGUGCUACAUCAUGCCAAGCUUGAAAGAAUGUGUCUUCAAGAAGGUAUUAGGUGUAAAAGAGUACAAUGAGGAAGGAAAAGGAUACAAAUCGUGGAAGACGAUUCGAAGAGAGUGUCGGAGAGUUCAUGGCAUUCUUCUGGACGAUGAGGCUGAAAUGUGUGGUCUUGUCGAGGAUCCAGAUGGUCAAAAAAUUCAGUUGCCGCUUACGAUGGUAUUGACGGAUCUUCCGAAGCUAAGUCCACCGUCGAAGGAAAACGCAGAUGAGUUAGUAAAGAUGAUCAAAAACCAACUUCAUGAGAGACCAUUACUUGGUCAAGAAGUUGGAUUUUCGGUGAUUGGGGAAACGUCAACGAAAAAGACCGUUUUCAGACAAGAAACAAUAGAUUGGGCUACUUCUUUUCCCGAAGAAGAUACUUUACCUGAAUUAGAUGAACUUUCAAACUUAAGUGACAAGACGCUUUCCGACGAUGAUGCAUGUAAAAUCGACGAGUUCUCAGAACUAGUGGAGAAAGACAUCAUCAUACCGGAAAAUGCUCUGAAGAGAUCUUUGCCUAGGGAGUCGACAGAGAACGAGAACCAACAAAAUCAAAAGCGGCAAAGAAUUGAGUCCGUUGAAAGCAGUGAAGUUUCGGAAAAGGCAUCUGAUAGAACAGAGGCUUUGAUAAACGAUGCCGAAAUUGACCCUGAUGCGACCAUUGCGAAUGAGAAAACCAUGCAACUCGAGGAAACAUCUUUCGUCCCUGUCUAUUUUAAACGCGGAAAUCAAAGAGAACAGAGCACUAGUACCCUUUGGAAUGAAGAAAUUCAACCGUGGACAGACAAAGAGAUUCAUUCUAGCAGCAAAAAUCUUAUAAAGAACGCCUUCGACCACGCAGAAAUUCUCGCAAACAGAUUAUUUUUUGAAAACAGCGUACAGUUGGUAACCGAUGAAAACAUGGGAACCUCAAGAAUAUAA